CAACCAAAAAUACUUACAAAAGAAACCCAAAGAAGAAAAAGAAAAAAAAUACAAAAGUGGGAUUUGAGCCAAAAAUCCGAUCAGUCUUGUAAUGGUCUGAUCAGAUGGCGGACGAUCCUUCUUCGCACCAUGCCCAUGUCCCAUUGCCUUCGAACUUAGGUGGGUUAGUUUCAGAUGAUGCUCCACUGGUUCCGAUUCAUAUUGUCACCGAAGCUUCCCAGCUUCCUGUGGAGUUCUUAGAACCCUGUCCUGAAACAAAGCUGGUUAUUGGCUUUGAUUGUGAAGGUGUUGACCUGUGUCGUUAUGGAACUCUUUGUAUAAUGCAGCUUGCAUUUCCUGAUGCUAUAUAUCUUGUGGAUGCCAUAGAAGGUGGAGACAUGCUCAUAGAAGCGUGUAAGCCUGCUCUUGAAUCUAGAUACAUCACUAAAGUUAUACAUGACUGCAAACGUGAUAGUGAGGCACUGUAUUUCCAGUUUGGCAUCAAGUUACAAAAUGUCAUGGAUACCCAGAUAGCGUAUUCCUUGAUCGAAGAACAGGAAGGACGACCAAGAGUGCCUGAUGACUACAUCUCAUUUGUUGCUCUUCUUGCAGAUCCACGCUAUUGUGGAAUAUCUUAUCUUGAGAAGGAGGAGGUUCGUGUACUCUUGCGGCAGGAUCCAAAGUUCUGGAAAUACAGACCAUUAUCUGAACUCAUGAUCCGUGCAGCUGCUGAUGAUGUCCGCUUUCUGCUUUACAUCUAUCACAAAAUGAUGGAGAAGCUGAAUGCCCAUUCCCUGUGGAAUCUUGCUCUUCGCGGUGAAUUAUAUUGCCGCUGUUUCUGUAUAAGUGACGAUAACUUGACUGAAUGGCCUGCUUUGCCUCCUAUUCCAGAUGACCUGCCCGUGGACACACAAGCUCCAGAAGAGGAAAUCCUUUCUGUUCUUGAUGUUCCACCAGGGAAAAUGGGACGUGUGAUUGGCAGAAAAGGAGCUUCAAUUUUGUCAAUCAAGGAAUCUUGCAAUGCAGAGAUUCUCAUCGGAGGCUCCAAGGGUCCCCCGGAUAAGGUUUUCGUUAUAGGCCGAGUGAAGCAAGUGAGAAAAGCAGAGGCCAUGAUAAGGGGAAGAAUGCUGGACAUGUAGUGAGUGAACAAAUAGUCUCUGAUGCGAUGCUUUGGUUUGUACCGAUGUCAAUGCAAUAACAAUAAUAAUAAUAAAAUAAUAAUUGAAACAUUUUAAGACAGUUUUUCUCUCUAGUUCUGAAUGAUUAUUAGAUCUUCAUCUUAGAAACUCCAAGCAGAGUCUCCUUUGCAUGAAUAUGUACCAUUGAUGUACCUUUGGCUACUUGAAAGAUGAUUGCUGUUGAUGCAUGUA